UGGUGAGGAUGAGGAGGGACACCCUGAGGUGCUGGGCUGUGCUGGUGGCAGUGAUGGCACUGAGCAUGGCUGACGACUUCCCAUGGACCAAGAACAACCCAGGCUCCUUCUACUACGGCACCUUCCCAGCUGGUUUCUUGUGGGGUGUGGGGAGUUCUGCCUACCAGACCGAGGGGGCCUGGGACAAGGAUGGCAAAGGGCCGAGCAUCUGGGAUGCCUUCACUCACAGGAAAGGGAAGGUGCUCGGCAACGAGACGGGAGAUUCCGCCUGCGAUGGCUACUACAGAGUCAAGGAUGACAUUCAGUUACUGAAGGAGCUGAAGGUGAAUCACUACCUCUUGUCUAUCUCAUGGCCCAGGAUUAUGCCCACAGGCAUCAAAGCUGAGCAACUGAACGAGAAGGGAAUACAGUUCUACAAUGACACAAUUAACAGUCUUCUGGAAAACAACAUCACCCCUAUUGUGAGCCUCUACCACUGGGAUCUGCCACAGGUUCUCCAAGAAAAGUAUGGUGGCUGGCAGAACAGAAGCAUGAUUAAUUAUUUUAAUGAUUAUGCAAAUCUGUGUUUUGAGAAGUUUGGUGACCGUGUGAAACACUGGAUUACAUUCAGCAACCCUUGGGCAGUGGCUGAAAAGGGCUAUGAAACAGGAGAACACGCACCAGGACUGAAGCUCGGCGGCUGCGGUGCCUACAAAGCUGCUCAUCACAUCAUUAAAACUCAUGCCAAGGUUUGGCACUCCUACAACACCACCUGGCGCAGGGAGCAGAGAGGGAUGGUUGGAAUUUCCCUAACGAGUGGCUGGGGGGAACCUGUUGAUCCACACAGCCAGACAGACAGAGAUGCUGCUGAAAGGUACAUCCAGUUCCACCUGGGAUGGUUUGCAAACCCCAUUUACAGAGGGGACUACCCAGAAGUUAUGAAGAAUUAUGUAGGUAGGAAGAGUGCCCAGCAGGGCCUGGGGACAUCAAGAUUACCAACUUUCUCAGUGCAAGAGAAAACCUAUAUUAAAGGCACCUCGGAUUUCCUGGGAAUUGGUCAUUUUACCACUCGUUAUGUUCUGCAGAAGAGCUUUCCCUUCCUCCAAGUGUCCAGCUACCACACUGACCCUGACCUGGCUGAACUGGUGGACCCCAGCUGGCCAGCCCCAGGCCCUAAGUGGCUCUACUCUGUGCCCUGGGGGUUCAGAAGGUUGCUCAACUUCAUUAAGACCCAGUAUGGGAACCCCCUGAUUUAUGUGACAGAGAAUGGAGUGUCUGAAACUGUGCAGUGCCCUCAGCUGUGUGAUGAGUGGAGGAUCCAGUACCUGAAGGGAUACAUCAAUGAGAUACUCAAAGCUCUAAACGACGGUGUAAAUGUCAAAGGCUACACUGCCUGGUCACUGCUGGAUAAAUUUGAAUGGAACAAAGGCUUCUCUGAAAGAUUUGGGCUUUACCACAUUGACUUCAAAAACAAGAACAAACCACGGUACCCAAAGGCAUCUGUUGACUACUAUAAAAAGAUUAUCAGUGCAAAUGGAUUCCCAAAUCCAAGAGAGGUGGAAAGCUGGCACCAGAAGGCCAUGGACACCUGCUCUGCCACACACCAACACCUUGCUGCAGAUUCCCUGAUUACUCACAUGGAAAUGGUGACAGAGAUUGUUCUUCCUACAGUUUUCACACUCUGCAUUCUCAUCAGUAUUGUCCUCCUCAUAUUCUACCUUCGAAACCACAGCUAAAAUUGAUGCUUGCACACAUCUUCAUUUGCCAAAAGACCUAAGGUGCAACUGCUUUAUUUGAGCAGUUUAAAUUUACCACAUCUGCUUCUUUUUAUACCCCUGUAAUGAAACAUUAUUUACCAAUCCACCUAGAGCUUUUAUCAUCUUUCUAUUCAAUUCCCAAAAUAUCUUUUUGUUUUUACCAAAAUACAUUCUCUUUCCGCUGAUUCUAAAGUAGAUUUUACAAUCCUUAUUAUUUUGGAAACUAUUACACAUUUUGUUAAUCAGAAAAAUAGUUAAGAGUAAAGUGAUUCAAAUCUUGCCAGUACAAAUUUCAAGUGAUUAAAAGCUGCUUGCAAAUUCUGAUUUCAGUCUGUUCAUCAACAGCAUUUUGAUUACCAUGUAAUUGCUAUUUGAAGAAAGACACGUGAUUUUAAAAUAGAAAAGGACUUAAAUAUUCCAAGAGCACUGCUUAAAUAUGAAUUUACUAUUGUCUAAAAGUUAGGAUAAUAUAUACCUUGCUAUUUAGGUGUGGGGAAGAGUUGCUUGAAGUGAGUAAUCCAAGGUGACAGCUUCUGAAUCAGAAUUAAACCACACCCCUGCAGUUUAAACUUACCUGAUACAACUUUAUAAUAUAUUACACACAAAAAUGUGGAUUUUAAGUAAUCCAAUACUUCCAAAAUUAAUAUUCCACCUUAAAUUCCCUUCUACUGCCGGUAGAAACAAGUACUAUAAAAACUUGGUUCCACAAUUCAGUUGGCUGUACUUGAAAUAUAACUUUGCUUGAAACCAGAAAUUAUAAAAAUUUAUAAUAAUAAUCUAUAAUUUAUAAUUUUUCAAAGCAUGAAUAUUGGGGGGUUUCCUUAUUCUUACUUACCCAUAGUUGAGUUUUUAAUACAAAAUACUUAUCUCAGAUUAUUUAGUCAGCAUGUACAAAACUAUGGAAUUGUUUAAAUUAGACCACCAAAAUGUUACCUCACUGAUUAAUCAACAUAACACAUGCAACUGCCAACAUAUUUAAAUGAUUAUGUCCAGCCAAUUAUACUGAAUUUGUUUUUUAAAAAAAUUAUGCAAAACAUAGAAGACAACACUGUUAAAAUAACUCACUUCACAUUGAAGGAAUAAAAUAAUUUGAAGAGGAGAGAGAAGUAUUGUCAAGAGUACUCCAAAAUAUAAAUGCAGGGACAAAGAAACCCAAAGUGGCUGAGGAUCCCAAGGCCCUGGAUGAAGAGCUUUCCAAAUCCUUCAGGAUGAUGAAGCACCACUCGAUCCCAGGAGAACAUAAUAUUGCUUGGUUUGUUAAGAUAAUUCACACUUUGAACAGUGUCUGAUUACAUUUUUAAUGAUCAAAAAAUUAAAUAUGAAACCUCAAAGUGCACAACU